AUGUCUACUGUGGCCGCAACACAAGGCCCCGUCGAGGCUCGCUCCCUGUCAUCCAUCACCGCCAUCGCAUCCAAUCCCCCCGCCUACCCGCGUAAUCCCACACACGAGAAGCUCGACCCUUUAGUUCUAUAUAUAGUCCGGGUUCCUGGAAGUCAAGAUAUCUUCCUCUCCCCCGUUAAACCGCCCACCAAAUCCAGUGUCUCUGCCGAGGCUAUCAACGCAUCGCUUUUCUAUUUACACGUCGCAACACCUGAGGAUGACGCACUACUGCAGCAGGUCGAGGAGGAACGCGAGCAGGAAAUACAGCUACGGAGGGAGGAGCUCGAGGCUGCAGGUCACGAUGACCCUGCCCAACGGGACUUUGCCCGUCUGAACCACCCCCGAAGGAAACCCGUGGGUGGUGCAGAGGUAGCUUCAGAUAAUGCGCCUGCCUUGUCGCAAGACAAUGCCCCCACCCCGGCAGGCAACAAUCCUCCCGUAUUGCCGUCACGACGACCGGUGCAUAUGCCGCAGGUUUCGGCAGAGAAUGUAUCUUUCUCGGGGACGCCUGUCACCAAUGCGCUCCCAGUUUCAAGCCACGACCCUACAAAGACACUUGCGGAGCCCGCGGCUCAAAGUCCCAUCUCACGGCGGCCGUUACCUCCUCUGCCGCCUAGCGAGGAGCCAUUCAGUGGUCAUCCAGGCAACGAAACACAAGCGAAAACGGAAAACAGGCGGAGCGCAUACGCGGGACAGGCAUCUAGUGGCCAGGGGCAGGAGUCAUCGCGAGAGAGAUAUGAGGCUUUCGCCGCGGGGCGACAUAGUCUUGAUGCGAAUAGGCCGCCAUUACCGCCACGCUCGACACAACCUCGCAUGGGGUCUCCGUCAAGAAGCACCGGACGGUCAUCCCCUAGACCAAGAAAGGCACAGCAUCCACCAAGGAAUAAUGCAGGUUUUCGUCUCACACUUAUUCGGCGAGACCCCGCGUCUGGUACGCAGUGGAACGUCGCGACGAUCUCAACCCCGCAUAUGGAUCACAAUGCCAUUGAGAUUGAUAUCGCGACGCCCGGUUAUAAUAGAUUUGCUGGCUCUAACGAGCCGCUCUCGCUUGCUAGUCUAGCUGCUAACCUCCCCGCGGGGUUGAUGCGCAAUUCUGGAUCUUCCGUACCUCCUGCGCCUCCACUACACGCCGACCAAGCUAGCGAGCAGCAGCGGCAGCAACCACAACCACAACAGCCACAGUCAUUUGGACCUCGCAAGUUCCACCGACAACUCUGCGUCUCCAAGCCCUUUGACGACUCAGGCGCAAACUCCGAGUUCGGAAACAGCCACGACAGCGCCUCAAAACUGAAGAGCGGCUACUACGUCUUCAACUCCCCCUGGAACGGCACCUGCACCUUCGCCAGCAGCGUCAACGGCCGAAGUCUCAAAUGUAAACACAUGAUUCAAGGCCCAAUCGGCGUACCUCAACCUGGCGAGAACGAACCGAACCCCGCCGUCACAGUUGCCGAGAUCCGCUUCAACACCCCCUUCCAAGCAGCAAACCUACACUAUCACGCCGCGUCACGAACUCCCACAGCCUCGAACCAAUAUUCCUCCCCUUCAUCCACGUACGACCCUCCAAACCCAGAAACUCCAUCCUCCAAACGCGCCUCGCUCUCUCAGUUCCUGAACCCAAAUAACUAUGCUCGUCCACGCGCCCACUCUGGUCCAAAUCCGGACACUCCUUCAACGCCUUCACACGCCUCUGACUCACAUCGCCAACAAUUUAACCCUGCUGCUCUUUUGCGGCGGACGUCUCUGCGCGCGGGCCAGUUUGCGCAGCAGCAAUCGAAUAGAUUUGGGCAUCAGCCUUUUCAUCGCAGGAGUACGAGUGCGAGUAGUGUGGAUUCGGAUGAGGAUCGAUUGGACUUUUCCCUUGCGAGAGAGCUUGCUGGGGGUGGGAUGCGGGGGAAGAGUGCUAAGUUGGGGAAGUUGAUUAUUGAGGAUGAGGGGAUUAAGAUGUUGGAUUUGGUCGUGUCGGCUUGUAUGGCUGUUUGGUGGAGAGGAUAUUACCAUUGA